GUACUUUUUAGGCAUCUGGAUGGUCAGUCGUCAGGAUUUUUGCCAGACCUGCUGUACUAAAUGGGUAAAAUGAGUUGAAGGAAUCGAUUCAUGGUUGUUCAAGUCUUGUGACUUACCUCAGUUUCAUUCCACAGAAAAGCACAGAAGCGUAGACUGAAGUCUUCUCUUAGUGGUGCAUGGACGGAAAGCCAAUGCGCAGGUGUACCAGUAAUCGAUCAGGUGAAACCGGUAUGGAUGUAACAAGUCGUUGCACUCUUGGAGAUCCCAACAAACUGCCUGAAGGAGUGCCGCAGCCUGCCCGCAUGCCUUACAUCUCAGAUAAGCACCCUCGGCAGACGCUAGAAGUCAUCAACCUAUUGCGGAAGCACCGUGAGCUGUGUGAUGUAGUGCUGGUUGUGGGGGCCAAGAAGAUCUAUGCCCACCGGGUGAUCCUAUCAGCUUGCAGCCCCUAUUUCCGAGCAAUGUUCACAGGGGAGCUGGCAGAGAGCCGACAGACUGAAGUGGUGAUAAGAGACAUUGAUGAAAGGGCCAUGGAGUUGCUAAUUGACUUUGCAUACACUUCACAAAUUACAGUAGAAGAGGGCAAUGUUCAGACUCUACUGCCAGCUGCCUGCCUCCUCCAGCUAGCUGAAAUCCAGGAGGCCUGCUGUGAGUUUCUAAAAAGGCAAUUGGAUCCUUCCAAUUGUCUUGGCAUUCGAGCAUUUGCUGAUACACACUCUUGCCGGGAACUUCUGAGAAUUGCUGACAAGUUUACCCAACAUAACUUUCAAGAGGUGAUGGAGAGUGAGGAAUUCAUGCUGCUUCCAGCCAAUCAGCUCAUUGACAUAAUAUCCAGUGAUGAACUGAAUGUCCGGAGUGAAGAGCAGGUGUUCAAUGCUGUGAUGGCUUGGGUUAAAUACAGCAUACAAGAGAGACGACCUCAGCUCCCCCAGGUGCUGCAACAUGUCCGCUUGCCACUGCUCAGUCCAAAGUUCCUGGUAGGCACAGUUGGUUCUGAUCCACUCAUUAAAAGUGAUGAAGAAUGUCGGGACUUAGUGGAUGAAGCUAAAAAUUAUCUGCUAUUGCCACAAGAGCGACCAUUGAUGCAGGGGCCAAGAACUCGGCCACGCAAACCCAUCCGCUGUGGAGAAGUACUCUUUGCAGUGGGUGGUUGGUGCAGUGGGGAUGCCAUUUCCAGUGUUGAGCGUUAUGACCCUCAAACAAAUGAGUGGCGGAUGGUGGCUUCCAUGAGCAAAAGGCGGUGUGGUGUUGGAGUCAGUGUAUUGGAUGACCUUCUUUAUGCAGUGGGAGGACAUGACGGCUCUUCUUAUCUUAACAGUGUAGAAAGAUAUGACCCAAAGACCAACCAGUGGAGCAGUGACGUGGCACCCACCAGCACCUGCAGGACCAGUGUUGGAGUGGCAGUCCUUGGGGGCUACCUGUAUGCAGUGGGUGGCCAGGAUGGUGUCUCCUGUCUCAAUAUUGUUGAAAGGUAUGAUCCAAAAGAGAACAAGUGGACUCGAGUGGCUUCCAUGAGUACCAGGCGUCUUGGAGUGGCAGUGGCUGUGUUGGGAGGCUUCCUUUAUGCUGUGGGAGGUUCGGAUGGGACAUCACCUCUGAACACAGUGGAACGUUACAAUCCUCAGGAGAACCGUUGGCAUACAAUUGCACCCAUGGGCACCCGACGUAAGCAUUUAGGUUGUGCGGUAUAUCAAGACAUGAUCUAUGCAGUAGGAGGACGGGAUGAUACUACUGAACUCAGCAGUGCCGAACGAUACAACCCCAGAACCAACCAGUGGUCUCCUGUCGUAGCCAUGACUUCACGCCGUAGUGGGGUUGGCCUUGCAGUUGUGAAUGGACAGCUAAUGGCUGUGGGAGGUUUUGAUGGCACGACUUAUUUGAAGACCAUUGAAGUGUUUGAUCCGGAUGCCAAUACAUGGAGGUUGUAUGGAGGCAUGAACUAUCGUCGACUUGGAGGUGGUGUGGGAGUUAUCAAAAUGACACAUUGCGAAUCCCAUAUAUGGUAAAAGCCAAUGGGAGGCAUCCACCAUUCAUUAAAAUUGGUCAGCUUGGUGACUUCUGAGCUCUUAUGGACUCUAGUAACAUGAGAUCACACUACAUUCUUUGCUGGUGCCUCUUCCUCUGGGACUAUAAUGGAAAUUGCAAGCAUAUUUCUCC